UUCAUGGCAUGUGCGCGUCUUAGAAAAAGAACACCUAUUCCUUUAGUUUAAUUUUCUCCUGGUCCGCGUGUUUUAAGUUUAAUUCGAAUUGCCUUCGGGAGAAAAGCAGCUUUGGAAGUAGACGUUAGACAAAAUUUAAAAGGUAGAAAUGACUAGUAAACAUUACAUUCUCACAGAAUAAUAUAAUUGUUACUGUAACAAUUGGCGAUUUUGCGAUUAUCAAUGUGACGUAAACACUUGUCUGACGUAACACGCAGCCGUUAUAGGUAACCGCGCAGGGUACAAAAACGGCUAGUUUAUGCGUUGGGAGAAUGAAGGUGUUGCGUAACUACUAUAAAGUAAUUGUUUGAUAAAGUUAAAUAUAUUUAUUUAAGAAGAAUUUAAGAAUAAUUUCCUUUAAUAAUUUGAAAAUCCAGGGGUUGCUGCAACCCCUGCAAAAUUGUCAGGGUAGGCCUGCAUACCCUGCACCAUAUAAAUCGACGCCAGUGGUUAUAUAUAUAUAUAUAUAUGUAUGUUGUAUGUUGUAUGUUUAUAUGUUAUAUAUAUAUGUAUGUUUUGAGUUAUAUAUAUAAAUAUAUGUGUUACUUAUAUACAUGUGUGUUAUUUGUAGUUAAUUUGUCAGAGGAUAAAUUAUAGAAACUCAUAAAAGAUGAAUAAGUAUAUUGUCUUCUUAUUUCUGAUGUGGGCGGCCCUAACUGAAGGAAAAUGGCAUACACAAGACACGCAGGAGUUUUAUAUUCAAACAAAUAGAACAUGCACUAACUACUCAGCUGCAGUUAGUGCGUGUACUUCAAUGAACGCUACACUUGCUCGCAUUAAAACUAAACAAGUUCAAGAUUUUAGAUCACAUAUUCUUACAAGUGAAUCAAUCCAACAGACAAACCUGGCAGUGAACUGUAAUAACUCAAACUCGACUUCCAACUUGAGUGAAGGCGGAAUAUUCUAUAUAAACCACACACUGUGGGGUGAAAUAAUCAGCAAUAACACUGCUGGGAAUUGUGUGCAAAUUAAAUGGAAUUCCACUAACACUUGGACUGCUAUGAACUGCACAGAAGCGGAAGGAUACAUUUGUGAAAGACCAGCAGAAAGAACAAGUAUGGAACAAACAACACAAACACCAGAAGAUGAAACAGAUUCAGAAACCCCUGAAGUUUCAACUGAAAGUGGAUUUUCAACAUGGGGGCAACAAACAGAAGGUUUCAAUUUAAAACGCCUCAGGAACACCUACAGUAGAGACAAGCACCAGAUCUCAAAUAACUUAUGUUUCUGCGUUCAAUGCUUACUACACACUACUAUGCGUUGGAGGUGCUCUGUCUGUAAUCUGCAAAACCUUUUUGCUGCUUCAUUUUUUAAAGAAAACAUCAAAAAUAAGGUUUGUGACAUAAUCAAACUAAAAACAACAAUGGUUAAUAUAAUCAACAACAAUUACUCUUAUGAUACAGAAUUGAACAGGUUGAAGUUGAAAUGAAAGAAAAACAACCUGAAGUAGCUGAAAAUAUUGAAGGUAUUACAUAUUUAAUAAACAGGGACAAACUGCAAAUAGUAAACAUAACAGAUACCCAAUUAGAAAAAAGGCACAACCUAGGGAAACUUAACCAAAGUUGUAACAAUAAAGUAACACCCUUCAACGUAAUACAGCUUUGGUAACAAUUGGUAUUCUAGAAUCAAAUGACAAAGAAAGAGAAAAUGAGGUCACUUACGAUGAAGUGCCGGGCCUUCAAGAAGAAAAUGAACCAAAUAUGACAUCAUUCACCGGCGACAACGGGAUGUAUUCAAGCAUAUCUGAGAAAAAACGAAGAGAAAUCGUAAGUUUUUUAUCUUUUGAUAGCGACUUCUCGUGUGGGGAAGGAAUGGAGGAUCACUACACACUCCCUCCCCCACCUGAUGUGUUGGAAGACGACGCUGUGAACGACAUAAGUUUGUACGCAAAAGUGGAUCGGCAGCGAAAAUCAAUCAAGAUUAAACCAGGGGUGGACGACUAGGGGAGUGGAAAGCUAGAAAAAACGAACUCAGCAAAAAAACAACUAAGAGAACCGAAAUUUAACAAAAACAAACUCAGCAAAAUAAUAUUGCUAUGCGAACAAUCUAAGCUUAAAAAAUGAAACCAGCGAAAAAAACAAUUACUAAGAGAAACGGAAGUUAAGAAAAUAAACUUUUCCCCAGCGAAAAUCUACUACCAAGUAAACAGUCUAAGCGAAGAAAUUGAAUUUCCCUUGGGAAAAAAACUACCAUAUCCAUAACUAUCACAACCAGUUAUCACUGAACUCAGCUGUUAUGUGCUAAUAAUUUGAUGCGUCUUUUCAUUAUUAUAUAAUAUACAGAUCAUAA